AUCUAUAUUUAGAUAUCAAUAUGGACGUAAUCUUCCGGUGCUUCCACCCGAAAAGCGAAUGCUAGUUAAGAGAUAUUAAAGGUUUUACUGCUUGUCUAACCAAGAUUAAACUGCGAAUAUGAACGAAGAACUUAUAAAUAUCAAUAUGGACAGAUCCACGAAAGAGGAAGGUGAAUUAUCAGACGAUGACGUAUCUUUAGACGAAGUCAUGUCGCUCCAGUACAACAAUCAAAUUGAAAUUCAUUCGAAAACCAAGCCUAGUAGUACUAGUAGUAAUGCCAAUGGUCCGUUAAUGUUAUGCCGAAAUCAAAAUUAUUCCCCCUCUUUAAAAAUGUUAUCUUCUUCUACCAAACCGAAAAGUCUACAUGAAGGGUCACCAAAACAAUCAGUCAAUAAACCUGUGCGAACAAAAAGGCGUGGACAUCGUUCCGGACAGAAUAAUAAACAAGGCAACAGACCAGUGGAUUUUAACGUAAAUUCAAAUGGUUUUCCAAGACCGAUCCAACCACAACUUGGACGAUGCACAAAUAAAAACCCAUAUGCUAUGACAGAACCACAACCAGUUUGUAACAACAAUACAAAAGGGAGAUCAUUUCUGAGAAAGCCAAUGCAACAGAAUUAUAAGAUACCUUUGUCGCCUUCUCAAUUCCCCAAUCAACAUAAUAGAGGAGCUCCAUACCGACCGAUGAUGAGUCGGUUUUCUGCUCAUAAUUCAAAGAAAGAUACACCAGUUGAAGAUAAUUUUGAAGAUUUACUCAGGCAACAUCAGAUUAUUCAAAAGCAGUUAGCAGAGUUAGAAGAGUUGUCACCAAACAGUCCACAACAAAAUACUGAUGAUGACAUGAACGAAGUGCAAAUAACAAAAGUUGAACACCUUAGUGGAGCUAAAAAUAAUUUAAGAAAAAAGAGUCCAGCUGAUUCUGAAUCUGAACCUAAAACUGCUUCAAUAGCGUCACAUAAGGUUUCUGAAGAAGAAGACACAGAGAUAAUGGAAUUGAGGAGAUUGGCUCUGGCAUCAACUAAAAAUGAGUCCUUACCAUUUAUUAAAAACAAGCAUAAUCUUAACACAAAGAAUUCAACGAGUUUGUUGGAUUCAAAUAAAAUGACACAUGUUAGUAACAGACCAACUUAUAAAAGUCCGGCUCAGUCUGUACGAAGAAAAUAUAGCCGUUAUUGCAAAGAAACUAGGAAAAGGCAUAGUGAAAGAAACUGGAGAUAUUCUGAUGAAAGAGAAAGUAAUUAUUCUAAUGGAGGAGUUUCUCAUAAUGCAAAAGAAGAUAUGAAACGUCAUUUGGAUGAAAGAUCUCGGUUAAAGAAAGAAAUACAUGAUGAAAGAAGGAAAAGGAUAGAAUCAGAUGAACAGCGUCGUGAAAUUCAAAAGAUUUUAUCUCUUGAUGACCCGGAGGAACAAGCAGAACGAUUUUUGAAGUAUUUAAAUUAUCAUCGAAGAGAUCAAUCUAAACUUGAUGCCUUUGAUGUUUUAACGUCUCAGAAAAAUAUUGCCAACAAGUCCUUCAAGAGAAAUAACAAUAACAUAAAAGACAAUUUGUUCAGUACAAGUGAGAAAAUCAUCCAAUUACAAGAUAACUAUGAAGAGGUAGAAAUGGAUAUUGACAGUAAUCCUGGAUCACCAGUGAAAGGUGAAAUAAUGGAGGAAUUAUAUGAUGAUGAUUAUCAGAGUGCAAUGCAGCCAGUGCCUUAUUUGACGACUGCAGAACCUUACAUACCUGAACAAAUUGAUCUACAAAAUUUAUGGUUAAAAGGAGAUCAAGCUCAAUUGCCUUAUAGUAGCUUUGUAUAUGGAGCAUUUCCUGCAGCACCAGUUCUCAUAGAACCACCCCCUCCUCCUCCUCCUCCUCCUCCUAUAGACCUACCACAAGAACAGGUAGAACAUCGCCCCCCUUUACCUCCUAUGGAGGAUGAGGAUGCAGAAACUGCAAUUUUGAGACAACAACUUCUACAGUCGUUAAUGGAAAAACGAAAACAUAAUGAAAUUGGGAAAUUAUCAACGAAUAAUGAAACAUCUAUGUCAUCACCCCCAUCUUCUAUACAAUCUGAUUCAUCAUUGUCAAUUAAAAAAAACUUUCCAAUUGUAAAAACUGUGCCAACACUUAAACCAGUAGUGAUAAAUUUGGAAGGUAGUUCUAGUGAAGAAGAUAACUCAACAGCAGUAGCUAACUCAACCAUUUCAAUAUUAGGAGGUCUAGAUGACUUUCUAAAAGAAGCCAGAAAAUCUUCUGAGAUAAAAGGAGCAGUGGAGAAAACGAAAACUAUGACUGAACGGGUGAUGGAGAUAAAAGAGAGAGAGAAAGAAUUAAGUAGUCAAAGAGAAAUUAUUACCAAAGAUCAGGGUUUGUUAAAAACAUUGAUUAAUCGAGCCAAGAAUUAUCAACGAAGUUUAAAAACAGCUCAACAAAAAGUUAAAUCAUUACAUGAACAACUAAUGGCAGCUGAGAAGAUCUCUUCUGCUAAUAAAGUUCAAGUGGAAAAAACUAAAGCACAGGCUCGUCAAGUAAAAGACAGUUUGUUAAAGAAGAAAGAUAAAUUAAAGGUAACAGAAGAAGUAGUUAUUAAGUUAGGUUGUGAAGUAUAUGGUGAAAACUAUAAACCUAGACAUAUUGUAAAAGAAAAUAGUCCUAGUAAACGGAAGGUGGCUAAAUUAGAUUUUACAGAUGAGCUUGACAGCCAUUCUGCAAUAAAGAUGUCAAAGACAGUUUUGUUGACGACUAAACAACAUGCUCCUACAGUGCCUCAUAAAGUACCUAAGAAAAUAGCCAAAGAUAAGAUAGUAGAGGAAAAGAAACGUCUUCAACAACUGGAGAGAGAAUUUGCUGAAAAAAUUCUUCGACUUAAAGAGGCACAUGCCCUAAAAGCAGUACAAACUGGUUCUUUAUUUAGAUCUCAGAAAAAUAAAACUAAGUUGAAAGGUUCUGAGCAGACAUUAGAUACAAUAAAAUUAAGUGAUUCUCAAUCCGAAAUAUGUCCUUCUAAAGCAAAACAUGAACUCAGUCAUAAUAAAAAACUAAAUAUACAACCAACUAAACAACCAUUGGUUGGAAAUUAUUCUACCUCUAUUAAACAUGUUAUGUUUAAAACACCUUGUAGUGAUCAGCAAUCUAAUUUGUGUAAAUUGCAGAUGACACCAUGUGAUAUAGUAAAUAAUAAAGUUAAUAUGAAUAUAAUAGAUUCCAGUGUUGAUUAUACUAGUCCUUUAUUACACUUUAAAUCGUACAGAUUAAGUUCUUACUUUCGAACAAAGGAAUGUAAAUCAGUUUGGUCGCCAACUUUUUCCAACAAAAUUAACCCAAAUCAGAUAUUAUGUAGCUUUGAACUACAAGGAACAUGUAAUGAUGAUAAAUGUACUGGUCAACAUAUAAAUGAUAUUAUGUUAUCAGAAAGAUCUAUAAUGGAAGAUAUUGUAUCUCAUUGUCCGAAGUUGGCUGGUAUUCAGAGCAACACCUCAAGAGCAGAUUACCCUAAAUACAUAAAUAAAUAUAUUCAACAUAUGAUAAAUGUGCAUCAAAGUAAAAUGAGUUCUGAUGAAAUUGGUUUACUUCUUAUAUCUAAAGUUACAGAAGCUGCAAAUAAAGCCCCACCAUUUACCAUGUUUUAUGAAGCUAGAAACUGGAAACCAUAUCCAACCAUUCACUUAUCGUCCAUUCCAACAAGUAAUAAUCCUCAAGUUCCUCAGUACAUAAGUGAGGAAGAUGUAUGAUAGAAGGUUUAAAGCUCUGUAUUCUGCUACAAGAUGGAGAAAUUUCACACACAUUCCUACAAAAGGGAAAUGAAAUGGUGAGAAGUGAGUAUCCUACCAAAUACAACAGAAGGACUCAAUGCACAAGGUUUUGUAUUAUUGUUGAUUGACUGGAAAUUGAAUGAUGAUUUUACACAGGCAGAAGUUACUUACAAUCACUUGAAGAAUAGAUUUAGCUACAAAAAUUCAUAAUAUUGUUAUCAAGCAUCAAUAUCCUUAAAAAUAAAACAAUUCGUCCAUUCUUGAUGCAGACAUUAUAUAUAAAUUUUAGCAAAUGGGAAUGUUUGGUUUGAUCACAGUAAGUAUGAUUAACAUCAAGGCAGAUGUUUGAUUAAUAUUUCCGAUAUAGUAUAAUAUUGUCUAUCUUAGCAACAAUCUGCCCUGGUUGUUUAUUGAUGUAUGAUUGUUUUAUUAAAGUUGUUGUUAAAUCUA